AUGCUGGCGUCGGAAGCGCAGAGCCAGGGAGCCGCCGAGAGGAACGGAGCUGGCAGUGACCGCGUGGCGUCCACCAUCGCGGCGACCCACCCGCCUCCCGCUCCAACUGCGCUGCCGCUCGCAUCCCUCCUGUCGCUCGCCGCACCCAAGCCCCUCGUCUCCUUCCUCCGCUCGCCGCUCCACGCCGCGCUUCUGUGCCUCCCCGUCGCCGCGUUUCUCCUCCUCCUCUUGCGACAGCCCGUCGCCGUGGAGCACAUCGCGAUCCACGCGGUCGACGAGCAGUAUAGGCUGGAGUCGCUUGGGGAGCAGAAGGGAUCGCCAGCAUCGCACGAGUCGCCAGCGUCGCACGAGCAGCUUCAGCGACGAGUUGACGAACUGCUGGCCUCAUGGGCUGCUCAACUCGCAGAGUCGCCUCUGACCGUCGCAGCUGACACUGAAGGCUCCAGUCAGAGCGUCGCGUCACUUUCGACCGAAUUCGCAGCCCCGCCAGCGGCGCUGGUUCCGGCGCCGCAUUUGGCGGACUGCGCGGCGAAUGCGCGCGUGUACGUGGAGGAGCACUGGGCCAGCCGCCCCGCCGAUGGCUCCGACCCUCCCUGGGCCGACCUCCGACGCUAUGCGGACGAUGGGGAGGGGGAGAGGGAGGGAGAUGGGGAGGGGGAAAAAGGGGGGGAAGGGGAAGGGGGCAUGAGGGAGAGUGAGAUAGGCGGGAGCAGCGCAGGGGGAGUGCGGAGAGAGGAUGUGGCGGAGCGCGGAGGAGAGGCGCGCGGGGAGGGGGCGGCGGUGGAGGGGCCGUUUCCGCCGUGGGUGGAGGGCGCGGACGCGGACAACUACCCGCUCACGCGGCUCGUGCAGCGCGACCUCUGGCGCCACCAGUUCCCGCGCAACUGCUCCCACCCCGCUGUAAGGUUCCUGUUAGCGCCGGUGGGGCAGAGCAGGCGGCACGGGCUGGGCACGCAGAUGACGCUGCUGGCGGGCGCGCUGGCAAUGGCCGUGCGCAGUGGGAGAGUGCUAAUCAUUGCGCACGCGGGGGCCAGGGGCAAGGGGCGCGGGGGCGUGGGGCUGGUGGGGGGUUUUGAGCGCGCGGAGCACGAGGGGUGUGCGCGCGAGGGCAUGCGCGGCGAGUGGCGCUGCUACUUCCUCCCAGAGACGUCCCACCAGUGCAGGCGGCGCGCACACGCCCUGGCCAUGCACGGCGCAUCGAGAGGACGAUGGGGGGAGCAGGGCAGAGGGGAGGAGGAGGGGGCAGAGGGGGAGGAUGCAGGGGGAGAGGAGUCGGGCGGCAGGCAGCAGCGGCGUGAAAGGGGGACGCGGCGUCUGUUCUUCCCGCUGCUGCCCACGCGCUGGGGGCAGCCGUGGCUCGCCAUCCCAGGCGUGGUGGAGGCGGAGGGGCGCCUCAUCGUCACCAACCACAUGAACAACACUUACCGCUGGUGGCGCGCCCAGGCGGCGCGCUUCUUUCUGAGAGCGCCCUCGCCGCGCCUCUGCCGGCUGCUCAACGCGCAGCGCCACCUCUCCUUCGGCCGCCUCGCUGCUGCUGCCGUCGCGCAGGCUGAACUCGCGGCUGCUGAGGCUGACGUGGCACUAGCACAGGCUGAAGUGACUGCAGCUCAGGCGGACGCUGCAGUAGCAGAGGGAGGUGCUGGUGGAGGAGAUGGGGAAAUGGCAGUCACUGGGUUGCGUGCCUCUGCUGCACUCACCGCUGGCCCCAUGGAGCGGCAGCUGUGGUGGCGGGAGCGGGUGCCGUGGGUGGCGCGGGCGCUGGUGAGCAUGCACGUGCGCAUGGGUGAUAAGGGGCGUGAGAUGCGCGUGGCGGGCACAGCGGAGUACGUGCGCCUGCUGCUGCGUGUGCGCCGCCACGACCCCCAUGCUCGCUAUGUGUGGCUCGCCACCGAGAUGCAGCCCGUGGUGGAGCAGCUGAGCGGCAUGGGCGGGUGGACGUGGUUCGCCACGGAUGUGCCGCGCAUGGCGGGCAACGACAGCAUGCCAGCGUACGAGAGAGCGCUGGGCGUGCAGCGCAGCACGGACAACGCGUUUGUGAAUCUGCUGCUGGCGGGCGAGGCCGACUACUUCAUCGGGGCGCUCGGGUCGUCCUGGUCCUUCCUUCUCGACGCCCUGCGCUGCACUGCUGGGAAGAUGCGCCGCGGCUUCCUCAGUGUCAACGUUUCUCCCCGCUGGUAG